AAACGACUGCAGGUUGGCCAAGAACUUAUAGACUAUUUCUCAGAUAAACAGAAGUCUGCUGACCUUGAGCAUGACCAGACCAUGUUAGAUAAACUUGUGGAUGGACUCGCUACCUCUUGGGUGAACUCUAGCAAUUACAAGGUGGUUCUUCUCGGCAUGGACAUCCUGUCCGCGCUGGUCACCCGGCUGCAGGAUCGGUUCAAGGCACAGAUCGGCACAGUGCUGCCAAGUUUAAUAGACAGACUGGGAGAUGCUAAAGACUCUGUGAGGGAGCAAGACCAGACUCUGCUGCUGAAGAUCAUGGAACAAGCUGCUAAUCCCCAGUAUGUGUGGGACCGGAUGCUGGGAGGAUUCAAGCACAAGAAUUUCCGGACUCGGGAGGGCACAUGUGUCUGCCUUGUUGCCACACUCAAUGCCUCUGGAGCACAUACUUUAACACUAAGCAAGAUUGUGCCACAUAUAUGUAAUUUACUUGGAGAUCCAAACAGCCAGGUUCGAGAUGCAGCAAUAAACAGCUUAGUGGAAAUUUACAGACAUGUAGGAGAACGUGUGAGGGCAGAUCUCAGUAAAAAAGGAUUGCCACAGUCCCGAUUGAAUGUAAUUUUUACAAAAUUUGAUGAAGUCCAGAAAUCUGGAAACAUGAUACAAUCUGCAAAUGAUAAAAAUUUUGAUGAUGAAGAUUCUGUGGAUGGUAACAGACCUUCCUCUGCCAGUUCUACAUCAUCCAAAGCUCCAGCAAGCUCGCGGAGAAAUGUUGGAAUGGGGACCACUCGCAGGCUUGUAUCAUCCACUCUUGGAUCCAAGUCUUCAGCUGCAAAAGAAGGAGCUGGUGCUGUUGAUGAAGAGGAUUUUAUUAAAGCCUUUGAUGAUGUACCCGUCGUGCAGAUUUAUUCCAGCCGAGACCUUGAGGAAUCCAUAAACAAGAUUAGGGAAAUAUUAUCUGAUGACAAGCAUGAUUGGGAGCAAAGAGUAAAUGCUCUAAAAAAGAUUAGAUCUUUACUUUUGGCUGGUGCUGCUGAGUAUGAUAACUUCUUUCAACAUUUGCGACUUUUGGAUGGAGCCUUUAAACUAUCUGCUAAGGAUCUGCGGUCUCAGGUAGUGCGGGAGGCUUGUAUCACGUUGGGGCAUCUGUCAUCAGUUCUGGGGAAUAAAUUUGACCAUGGAGCUGAAGCCAUUAUGCCAACAAUCUUUAAUUUAAUUCCAAACAGUGCCAAAAUUAUGGCCACUUCUGGUGUUGUAGCUGUUAGGUUAAUCAUUCGGCACACACACAUCCCUAGGCUAAUACCUGUCAUAACAAGCAACUGUACCUCUAAGUCUGUUGCGGUUAGAAGGCGCUGUUUCGAAUUUUUAGAUUUACUUUUACAAGAAUGGCAAACACAUUCACUGGAACGACACAUAUCAGUAUUAGCUGAAACAAUAAAGAAGGGAAUACAUGACGCCGAUUCUGAAGCAAGGAUAGAAGCCAGAAAGUGCUACUGGGGUUUCCACAGUCACUUCAGCAGAGAAGCAGAGCACUUAUACCAUACCCUGGAGUCCUCCUACCAGAAGGCCCUGCAGUCCCACUUGAAGAACUCAGACAGCAUCGUAUCUUUGCCUCAAUCUGAUCGCUCCUCUUCUAGCUCUCAAGAGAGUCUAAAUCGGCCACUCUCUGCCAAAAGAAGUUCUACUGGAAGUACCACCUCUAGAGGGUCUACGGUUAGCACCAAAUCUGCAUCGACGACUGGUUCCCUCCAGCGGUCUCGAAGUGAUAUCGAUGUGAAUGCCGCAGCCAGUGCCAAAUCCAAAGUCUCUGCAGCUUCAGGCACCACGCCAUUCAGCUCUGCAGCGGCCUUGCCUCCAGGGUCAUACGCAUCCUUAGGUCGGAUUCGCACAAGACGGCAAAACUCUGGGAGUGCCACCAAUGUCGCCUCUUUACCUUCUGAUAGUCGAGGCCGCAGUCGCGCUAAAGUGGUUUCACAGUCCCAGCCUGGCAGCCGAUCAAGUUCCCCAGGGAAAUUGUUGGGAAGUGGUUAUAGUGGCCUUGCCGGGGGUUCCUCAAGAGGCCCACCUGUGACAUCAUCUUCAGAAAAACGAAGCAAGAUUCCCAGAAGUCAGGGAUGUAGCCGAGAAACAAGUCCAAACCGAAUAGGAUUAGACCGUUUUGGGCUUGGCCAGGCAGGAAGAAUCCCUGGUUCUGUGAACACCAUGCGAGUUUUGAGCACAAGCACAGAUCUUGAAGCUGCUGUUGCUGAUGCUUUGCUGUUAGGAGACUCCAGGAGCAAGAAGAAGCCUGUGAGAAGGAGAUACGAGCCGUAUGGGAUGUAUUCUGACGAUGAUGCCAACAGUGAUGCUUCGAGUGUUUGCUCUGAACGCUCGUAUGGUUCCAGGAAUGGUGGCAUUCCCCAUUAUCUGCGGCAGACCGAGGAUGUAGCAGAAGUUCUCAACCACUGUGCUAGUUCAAACUGGUCAGAAAGGAAGGAAGGGCUUCUAGGUCUGCAGAACUUACUGAAGAGCCAAAGAACACUGAGUCGAGUAGAAUUGAAAAGAUUGUGUGAGAUCUUCACACGAAUGUUUGCUGACCCUCACAGCAAGAGAGUUUUCAGUAUGUUUUUAGAGACUCUUGUGGAUUUUAUAAUAAUUCAUAAGGAUGACUUGCAAGACUGGCUUUUUGUUCUUCUCACACAAUUACUUAAGAAAAUGGGAGCAGAUUUACUUGGAUCUGUACAAGCAAAAGUUCAGAAGGCUCUAGAUGUCACAAGGGACUCCUUUCCAUUUGAUCAACAAUUUAACAUUUUGAUGAGAUUUAUUGUGGAUCAAACUCAGACUCCGAACCUCAAGGUCAAAGUUGCAAUUCUGAAGUACAUUGAGUCUCUCGCCAGGCAGAUGGAUCCAACAGAUUUUGUAAACUCUAGUGAGACCAGGCUUGCUGUUUCUAGAAUUAUAACCUGGACAACAGAACCAAAGAGUUCAGAUGUGAGAAAGGCAGCACAAAUAGUGCUUAUUUCUCUGUUUGAACUGAACACUCCUGAAUUUACCAUGUUACUUGGUGCCUUGCCAAAAACAUUCCAGGAUGGUGCCACCAAACUCCUGCAUAACCACCUCAAGAAUUCCAGUAACACCAGUGUGGGCUCUCCAAGCAAUACAAUUGGCCGGACUCCCUCCAGACACACCAGCAGCAGGACCAGCCCCCUGACCUCACCCACCAACUGUUCCCAUGGGGGCCUGUCUCCAAGCAUGCUGGACUAUGAUACAGAAAACUUGAACUCUGAAGAAAUCUAUAGUUCUUUGCGUGGAGUUACAGAAGCCAUUGAGAAGUUUAGUUUUCGAAGCCAAGAGGAUCUGAAUGAACCAAUUAAACGAGAUGGCAAAAAGGACUGUGAUAUUGUGUCCCGGGACGGUGGCGUUGCCACCCCUGCCACUGAGGGCCGGGGCGGCAGUGAUGUCGUGGAAGGAGGCCGAACAGCUUUGGACAACAAGACCUCCCUGCUCAACACACAGCCUCCGCGUGCCUUCCCAGGGCCACGGGCGCGGGACUACAACCUGUAUCCCUACUCAGACGCCAUCAACACCUAUGACAAGACAGCCCUGAAGGAGGCCGUGUUUGACGACGACAUGGAGCAGCUUCGAGAUGUGCCCAUUGACCAUUCUGACUUGGUGGCCGACCUUCUGAAAGAGCUGUCCAACCACAACGAGCGGGUGGAGGAACGGAAAGGCGCCCUACUGGAGCUGCUCAAGAUCACGCGGGAAGACAGCCUGGGUGUCUGGGAGGAGCACUUCAAGACCAUUCUGCUCUUGCUUUUGGAGACACUCGGAGACAAAGAUCAUUCCAUCCGAGCACUAGCACUGAGAGUUUUACGAGAAAUUCUGAGAAACCAGCCAGCAAGAUUUAAAAACUACGCCGAGCUGACGAUCAUGAAGACUCUGGAAGCCCACAAAGACUCCCACAAGGAGGUGGUAAGAGCUGCCGAGGAGGCUGCAUCUACGCUGGCCAGUUCCAUCCACCCGGAGCAGUGCAUCAAAGUACUCUGCCCCAUCAUCCAGACAGCCGACUACCCCAUCAACCUCGCGGCCAUCAAGAUGCAGACCAAAGUCGUCGAGAGGAUCGCCAGGGAGUCCUUGCUGCAGCUCCUUGCUGACAUCAUCCCAGGCUUGCUGCAGGGUUAUGACAACACCGAAAGUAGUGUGCGGAAGGCCAGCGUGUUUUGCUUAGUGGCCAUUUAUUCCGUAAUCGGAGAAGAGCUGAAACCUCACCUCGCACAGCUCACAGGGAGCAAGAUGAAGCUACUAAACUUGUAUAUAAAGAGGGCCCAAACCACGAAUAGCAACAGCAGCUCCUCCUCGGACGUCUCCACGCACAGCUAAUGGCAACACCAGUCUCUAUGUCUCCCUAGAAGCAAUCGGUGGUGCCUCUCUCUCAGAGACCUUUCCCACCUCCCCCUUCAUCGGCUGCCCAGUCAGGACAAGGAGGCCUGCAAAUAUUUAUUACAAUCAGUAUUUUGGUCCCUUCCAGCUUUUGUGUAGAAUCUUACUGGUAUUGAAUGUAAAGGAAGCAAGGCCUGUUUUGUAGUCUUCAUACAAAACAAAAGGAAUAAGAGAAGAAAAGAGCCAUACUUAAAUAUGUCUUCUGCAGCCCGCCAAGAAUAUAAAACCAUGUGUGCGGGAUGCUGUUUUGAAAAAUCAGAGCUCUUUAGCCAACACUUGGUAGGAAAUAGCAUUCUCUCUUCAGUUAACAGAGUUGAGGAGGGCGUGUUAAUUUGUGUGGGUUUUUUUUCAUCCUAGCUUACUUUCUUCUGGAUGUGGCCGGUUGCGGGGCAAAUGACCCUCUUUUCCCGUUUCACAGCUGACACCACGAAAGGGUCAUGUGUCUCUAAAUUGUAUUUUGAGAUCUACUAAGAAUGUGAAUCAGCUCGUGGAAAGAAAUGGAGAAAAGCCUGAAGGUGGCCUUUUAACAGACGUGGAAUUUUGCUUAUACUAUCUAGACUGGAGGUUGACUGUCCUCACUUUAGUUUAGAAGGGCAUCCCUACAGUUUCCUUCCGGGACAGGCUCCCAGCCCCUCUGAACAAUGCCAUGAUGCUGUCCCCAGCCCACUUGAAAGAAUUCAUAAAGUUUAUAUCGAAACAUGAAAAUUAAGGUAAAUUUAUAGCAUCAGUUUAUGAUGCCUAAAAUGGCAUUUCAUGAAGCAUAGAAGAUAUGAGAAGUAGUUAGUUUUACUACUAAGAUCUUUGGGAAACACUAUUUUAAGAGGGCUUCUCCCAUAACCCCAGUUCUUGGUGAUUCUGACUUAGUACCAUCAGUUCUAAAAAGGAACUUAAUGUGAUAAAUGGCAACUCUGCCAUCUCAGAUUUCACUUCUCUGUUUAAUUUGGGAUUAAGAUCAAAGAAAAGUCUAAAGAGACCAGGUAUCAGAAAUUUUUUUACUUGGAUAGACAAGUACUUCCUGAUCAUCUGUGGAAAUAGUCAUUGUUUAAGGAAAAAGUAAUUAUGGUGAGUGGCAAAUUGCAGAAAAACAGGAUUUGAAACACAAUUUUAGAGUGUUUCCUUUUCUUCAAUAAGAAAUUGCCAGAGAAACUGCCCCCUUUAAAAAGUUUCCUGAGGGUUCGAUUACGCCAAUCAUAGUAACUAUAGAUUUGGAAUCUGGUUAAAUAAGUUUUGAGUAAAAUUCUUAAAGCUGAAUGGAAAUUCUU